GACUUUAACGUGACGCUGCGCAGACGCGAAUUGCCCACAAAUCCAGGCGACGAACGCUUCACUCGACAAACGUUGCAGAUCGUAUCUCGGUUGCCCUCUCGCUCUGUCUCUCUCUCUCUGUCGCGACUUGCCGCUAAUUUAGUGCUAAUCGAAUAUAAUACUUGGCCAUAAAAUAACACGCAAAUAGAGAGUGGAGUUAAGCCACUGCGAAGCUCUUGUUUAGCAAAUAGAAGAAGAAGAAGAAGCAGCAGCAGCAAAGUGAAAUAAAACGAAAAAAAAAUAUAGUGAUUCCAUUGCUAAUUGGUGAGACAGGGACAACAAAAUAAAAAUAAAUAAAAUAAAGUGCAGCUGCAGCUGUAUAUGUGUGUGUGAGAGCAGUGAGAUGGCCCAAAACAACAAAAGGAAUAUCAGCAAAAACAACUGUUAAAGCAAUUGCAUUUAGCUUUUAAACAGGCUGCGCCUGCGCGCGCUCCCUAACCUCAAAAUACAUAUACAUAUAUAUACACACGCACACAGACACAGCCACGGACACCGAAAGCUGUGCUGAGUCGAACUCGAAAAAGAGAACUGAAAAGCUGCCAGCAACAAAAACAACAACAAAAGCCUUCGUAAUGUGAAACUGGUUCCUAUACAAAAAAAAGCUAAAAAAAAAUACAAGCAGCAGCAGCUACAAACACAAACACAAAUACAAGCACACACAUACGCACACAGCAAUUGCAGCGACCACAACAACAGCAAUAAAACGCAGUGAAAGAGUUGGUUAAAAUUUGUUGUCGUUUUUGGCACGCAAAACGUAGCAGAAAUUGUUGUUGGCCCCUUUUAUUUUUGUUGGUUGCUUUUUCGUCGAUAUCUGCGAGCUGACAACGCGAAAAACAACACGCUCAAAACCGAGCUAAAAGUGUUGAGCAGAAUACGGAAAGCAGCCAAAACGCUGCAAGUGUUGUGGCCCGUUUCUGAAUCAGUCAUAGACACACACUCAUGACGUCACAGACGUCAUAGAUUCAAUCCGCAAAUAAGUUGCCCGUGAGAUGCGCAUCUUCAAAUUGUUCAGGCGCCGCGGCAGCAGCUUUUACCUACCAUUGCUGCUGCUGCUGCUGGUCCACUGCAUCUGCACAUGGCCCGUCUCGGCGGCCAGGGAUCGCUAUGGCCGACAGAACACCAAGCAGCGCCAUCAGGAUGCUUAUCGCAACAAUGCGAACCGUUCACGCAAUCGCGGCAGCGGCAGUGGCAAUCACGAGCGGGCUGCAGCGGCGGCAGCGGCGGCAGCGGCAGCGAGCAGCGCUGCCCUCAUCGCUAGCGGCAGCUCCAUCGGCGACAGCACCAAGGACACAUUUCCCAAGGGCAAAAUUUGCAUUGGCACAAAGAGUCGUCUGUCUGUGCCCUCGAAUCGAGAGCAUCAUUAUCGCAAUCUGCGCGAUCGUUACACGAACUGCACCUAUGUCGAUGGCAAUUUGGAGCUAACCUGGCUGCAGGAUCCCAACCUGGACCUGAGCUUCCUGGCCAACAUACGCGAGGUAACGGGCUAUAUACUGAUCAGUCAUGUGGAUGUGACGAAUGUGAUAUUUCCCAAACUGCAAAUCAUACGCGGCCGCACGCUGUUCAGCCUGACUGUUGAGGAGGAGAAAUAUGCCCUAUUUGCCACAUACUCGAAGAUGAACACGCUGGAGAUGCCCGAGCUGCGCGAUAUACUCGCUGGCUGGGUUGGGUUCUUCAACAACUACAAUCUGUGCCACACGCGCUCCAUUGUGUGGCGCGAGAUCCUGUCGGGCGCCAACGACGACUACAACUACACGUACACCUUUACGGCCGCGGAACGCACGUGCCCGGCGUGCCAUCCGUCGUGCGAGCGCGGCGCCUGCUGGGGCGAGGGAGCGCACAAUUGCCAGAAGUUCAGCAAGAUCACCUGUGCGCCGCAGUGUGCCCAGGGCCGUUGCUUCGGCUCUGGGCCGCGGGACUGCUGUCACCUGUUCUGCGCCGGCGGCUGCACGGGGCCCACGCAAAAGGAUUGCAUCGCGUGCAAGAACUUCUUCGAUGACGGCGUCUGCAAGGAGGAGUGCCCGCCCAUGCGCAAAUACAAUCCGACCAACUAUGAGCUGGAGGCCAAUCCCGAGGGCAAGUACGCCUAUGGCGCGACCUGUGUGCGUGAGUGUCCGGGACACUUGCUGAAGGACAAUGGCGCCUGCGUGCGCAGCUGCCCCUCGGACAAGAUGGCCAAGGAUGGCGAAUGCGUCGCCUGCAACGGACCCUGCCCCAAGACCUGCCCCGGCAUUGCGGUCCUCCACUCCGGCAACAUUGACUCGUUCAAGAACUGCACCGUGAUCGAGGGCAACAUCCGAGUGCUGGACCAGACCUUCUCGGGCUAUCAGGACAUCUAUGCGAACUACACGAUGGGCGCACGCUAUAUACCCAUGCAUCCCGAUCGCCUCGAAGUCUUCUCCACGGUGAAAGAGAUCACCGGCUAUCUGAACAUCGAGGGAGUGCAUCCGCAGUUCAAGAAUCUCUCCUACUUUCGCAACCUGGAGGUCAUUCACGGUCGCCAGCUGAUGGAGAGCUACUUUGCCUCACUGGCCAUUGUCAAGUCGUCGCUGUCCAGCCUGGAGCUGCGCAGUCUGAAGCGCAUCAACUCCGGCAGCAUCGUCAUACAGCACAACACGCAGCUCUGCUACGUCAGCAGCAUACACUGGGCCGCGAUUCAGAAGACCAACGACCAGAAGCUGUUCAUCAAUGAGAAUCUGAAUACCUCCGAGUGUCGCAAAACGGGUCAAGUCUGUUCGGAUCAAUGCAACAGCGAUGGCUGCUGGGGCGCUGGGCCGGAGCAGUGCUUGAACUGCAAGAGCUUCAACUACAAUGGCACCUGCAUAGCCGACUGUCGCAAUGUCUCCAACACCUACCAGUUCGAUUCGAAGACCUGCAAGAAAUGCCAUCCGGAGUGCCGCACCUGCUCCGGCCCCGGCGCCGAGCACUGCGACGAGUGCGUGCAUGUGCGCGACGAGCAGCACUGCGUGACCGUCUGUCCGGAUGACAAGUACGCGGACUUUGGCAUCUGCCGCAAGUGCCACGAGACGUGCGAGGGCUGCACGGGACCCAAGAAUACGAUUGGACACGGCGCCUGCAACACGUGCAAUCUGGCCAUCAUCAAUGCGGAUGCGACGGUGGAGCGCUGCUUGCGCAAGGACGACAAGUGCCCCGACGGCUACUACUGGGAGUAUGUGCAUCCGCAGGAGCAGGGCUCGCUCAAGCCCUUGGCCGGCAAGGCCAUCUGUCGCAAGUGCCAUCCGCGCUGCGAGCUGUGCACCAACUAUGGCUUCCAUCUGCAGGUCUGCUCCAAGUGCGCGCGCUACAAGCGCCUGGAGCAGUGCGAGGACGAGUGCCCCAGCGAUCACUAUGCGGAUGAGGAGAGGCGCGAGUGUUUCGUUUGCCAUCCGGAGUGCAAGGGCUGCACCGGUCCCGGCGCGGAGGACUGCUUGGCCUGUGUCAACUUCAAGGUGUUUGCCGAGGGCGAGGUCUACGACAAUUCGACCAUGUUCAACUGCACCUCCAAGUGCCCGGCGGAGCAGCCGCAUGUCAACUACCAAUCGCACUUCAUUGGACCGCACUGCGUGUCCAGUCCGCCACGCGGCUCCAAGGUGACCGCCAACCUCAAUGUGAACAUGAUCAUCAUCAUCUUUGUGGCCGUGUUCAUACCUGUGAUCUGUGUGCUCUGCGUGAUCAUCUACAUCUGCCGGCAGAAGCAGCAGGAGAAGAAGGAGACCGACGACUUGGCCAAAGUAUUCUUCGGCUGCGAAGACUCCGAGCCGUUGCGUCCCUCCAACAUGGGCGCCAAUCUCAGCAAGCUGCGGAUCGUCAAGGAUGCGGAACUGCGCAAAGGCGGCGUCUUGGGCAUGGGCGCGUUUGGACGUGUCUACAAGGGUGUCUGGGUGCCGGAGGGUGAGAAUGUGAAGAUACCCGUUGCCAUCAAGGAGCUGCUCAAGACGUCUGGCGCCGAGUCCAGUCAGGAGUUCCUCAACGAGGCCUACGCCAUGGCAACUGUGGAGCACGGCAAUCUGCUCAAGCUGCUGGCCGUCUGCAUGUCCUCGCAGAUGAUGCUGAUCACGCAGCUCAUGCCGCUGGGCUGCCUGCUCGACUAUGUGCGCAACAAUCGCGACAAGAUCGGAUCCAAGGCGCUGCUCAACUGGUCCACCCAGAUAGCCAAGGGCAUGUCCUACCUGGAGGAGCGGCGGCUGGUGCAUCGCGAUCUGGCCGCACGUAAUGUCCUGGUGCAGACGCCGUCGCUGGUGAAGAUUACGGAUUUCGGCCUGGCCAAGCUGCUCAGCGUGGACUCCAAUGAGUACAAGGCGGCCGGUGGCAAGAUGCCCAUCAAGUGGCUGGCGCUCGAGUGCAUACGGCAUCGCAUCUUCUCCAGUAAGUCGGAUGUGUGGGCAUUUGGCGUGACGAUUUGGGAGCUGCUGACCUUUGGCCAGCGACCACAUGAGAAUAUACUGGCCAAGGAUAUACCCGAUCUCAUCGAGAUGGGCCUGAAGCUGGAGCAGCCCGAGAUCUGUUCGCUGGACAUUUACUGCACACUGCUCUCCUGCUGGCAGCUGGACGCCGAUCUGCGUCCGCCGUUCAAGCAGCUGACCAACGUGUUUGCCGAGUUCGCUCGCGAUCCGGGCCGUUACCUGGCCAUACCCGGCGAUAAGUUCACCCGGCUGCCCGCCUACACCAGCCAGGACGAAAAGGAUCUCAUACGCAAGCUGGCGCCGACCACCGAUGGGUCCGAGCCCAUGGUCGAGGCCGAUGACUAUCUGCAGCCCAAGGCGGCGCCCGGUCCCAGCCAUCGCACUGAUGGCACCGACGAGAUACCCAAACUCAAUCGCUACUGCAAGGAUCCCAGCAACAAGAAUCCGGGCAGUGGUGUGGGCGUUGGGGAUGACGAAACCGAUUCCAAUGCCCGUGAAGUGGGCGUGGGCAAUCUGCGACUUGAUCUGCCAGUCGAUGAGGAUGACUAUCUGAUGCCCACUGGCCAGAGUAAUGGCAGCACCAACAACAACAACAACAACAACAGCAACAAUCCCAACAACAACAUGGCAGCAGCAGCCACGGGCUACAUCGAUGUGAUUGGCGUGCCCGUGAGCGUGGAUAAUCCCGAGUAUCUGCUGAAUGCGCUCAGCGCUGGCGAGGCGCCCAUUCCCACCCAAACCAUUGGCAUACCUGUGGCAGGUGUGCCCGCCAGCAUGGAGGUGAAGAUGCCGGGCAGCGAGUCCACCAGCUCCGAUCAUGAGUACUACAACGAUACGCAACGGGAGCUGCAGCCGCUGCAAUUGCUGCGCAGUCGCAGCACCGAGACGCGAGUGUAGCCUCCGCACACCCACACACCCACACACACACAUACAUACUGCCAGAAUGUAACAAACCGUUUAUUGGAUAUCAAUCUUGCCACGUAGUACCCAAGUGCCUUGUGAAGCCAUCGCCAGUUGCAGUCGAUGUGUGCCUUCUGAAUGCUGUUAUCAUAGAUAAAACCCCAUUUGAAUUUGUAAAGUCUCGUUAUUACACUGUAGCGUACUUAGCAAGACCUAUCCGUAUAUAUAUAUAUAUAUAUCUAUAUGCCCCACUCUAUAUCAAACAACUCUAGAUGCGUAGAGAACUAGUUGUGUAUUUUAUGUAGCGCUUGUAGAUUCAAUGUAAUUACGAGAUCAAAAACACCGAUAGUGCAUUUCUUAGACGUCCUGCGCGACCAGCACUUGCACUUGAAUCACAAUCGAAUCGGAUCUCUGGAACCAUUCGAGUGGGCUUCAGGCUUUUGGUAGUGCAAGGAACGACCCACUAAGCUAAAGUUAUUUCUAGUUCGCAGUUGUAUCAAAACAAUAUCUUAUCUAUAUACAUAUAUAUAUAUAUAUAGACAUAGGUAUCUUUUAAGAGUUAUAGGCUUUUAGUUUGUAGUCUCCAACUGUGAUAUAGUUCCUAGGAAUUAGUAUAGCUGUUUAAGAAUUUUUAAAACUUCUUUCGAUAUUGCGGCCCACUGAUCUGAUUAUAGACGCUGAUCUGAUACAUUUGUAUAUUUUGGCCUCAACCAAUUUCUAUAAAAA